AUGCCCAGAGAAGACAGCCGAGGGCGAGCCAACAAAGGCCCCUCAGUGCCGUCGGGGGGGGGGGGGAUUUUGCAUCAGGCUCCCCAGACGGGAUCCGGAGGAGCAGCGUCCCACCACAGAGCAGCGGUCAUGGCAACGGCGAGCACAUCAGGACAGAGCGGCUUCGGGCUCGGCAGGAAGAAGAAGAGCCCCGGACUCAUGGACCAGAUCAGCAAGUUCUUUGGAGGAGACAAGAAGAAGAGGAGCAAGGGCUCAUUCAGGGGUCACCUGGCCUCCUCGCCCCAGCAGUCUUCCGCACGCCGCCGGCCCAACGAAAACGCCGUGGUGCACUUCUUCAGGACCAUCGUUUCCUCUCCUCCUCCUAAAUCCAGGUGGAGGGACGUCUUGGGUUUGGCCUCGUCGUCGCGUGCCGAGAGCACAAAGUCGCCGGUCCGGAGACGCAGGGACCAAAGCACGCUGUCCAGACUCUUCAGCCUGGUGAGCGCCCACUCCCUCCUGCCCCCUCGCUUAACUCUGAGCCUCCAGCUUCUCCCUCACAAACACUCUGUCCUGUCUGUUCUCCUGCAAACGCCAGUGAUGCUCUCGUCAGGGAUCAGGAGAAACCAAGUCCCGUCCACCCCCAAAACGCUGGAGCACCAUCUUCUGAGGACCAGAGCACAGAUCCACCACAGAUGGGCCCAGAGGCCAAAGCAGGGGAGGAAUCUCUGCCUGUGGAGGACUCCCCUGCUGCGCCUUAACCCACUAACACAAACCUCCUGUUCUUCAGACAGACAGACACCACCGUCUGUCCUCCUCUCUGCAGGAACGCCCGUUUUCCUGCUAACCAUCCAGCUGUUUUCGUCGUUUUUUACGAGGUUUUCGAAGGAUCUCCGACUGUAAAAACUGCCUUUUUGUCCGAUGGUGCUAGUGUCUGCCGUCUGGGGUUUGUGUCUCUACUGUCUGCCGUCGCCAAAGUGAUGCUUAAAGGAUGCUCUGCUGGUGUUUCCAGACAGAAAAGGGUCCAAAAAGCUUCGACGUGCUGUUUGGGUUUCAUUAAACCUCUGUUAUUAAUGAACGAUGCCAGUCUAUCAGAAAAUAAACGGCCCUUUUCAAAUGCACUGUCACGUAACCGGAAAUGUCCCGAAAACUAAGAACCGAUUCGCCGUCUUUCCUCCCUUUUUUCUCGUUUGAUGUUUUGCAUUUUCAUUUGUUUGCAUCUUAGAUUAAGUUUUAAUGUGAUUUGUGUUGCAUUUGGACGAUGACAGGGUUUGUUUAGUCGAUGGUUUGAUCGUAAGUGGUUUAAAGGAUUCAGGCAGAAGCAGCCAGAUGGUGUGAGGAGCACAGUGCUGUGAGCGAGUGUGUCGGAUCCAAACGUUUCUCAUUGUGAUCUCUUUAUGUGCUGUCUUUAACAGAAAAGUACUGUAAAUACAUUUCCUCUGAAGUCCUGACCCACUGUUGUUUCCUCUUUCUGUACAACUCUUGUUUUAAUGCACAGCCUAACCGAUAAAUAACUUACGUCUCAUUAGUUCAGAGUUAUUAAAUAUUUCCAAAGGUGA